GAUUCCACUGCUGAAUUUUUAACGCUGUUGUGGAACUUUUUUUUUUCCAGGCGGGUUACUGUGGCACCAGGGUACUGUUACACCGACAGAGACGGAGAGACAGGUUUCAGUUCAGUUCUGUUGUGUACUGAGGCAGGACAGAGACAGGCUGUUCAUGGGGUGUACGGCCUAUCCUGUCCCGAUGCCAUUACAAUAGCAACAUGACCCUCAACACCCAGAGAGAAAAGGAGCCCCUGCGGCGGCGAGGCAGUACGCCGAUUCCUCCCACUCAUUUUUACCAGCACUCGUCCUGUACUCGGGACCCCCGGCUCCCCAGCAGCACCCAUCAAGACCUAGAGCAGCCCCGUCCCCAGCGAAGCCACCCUGCCCUUGGACAGUCAGCCUCCUACCACCCUGGAGACAAGUCCCUCCACUACCGCGCCCACUGGAGUUCAGACUCGGAUGACGACUCGCAGAGCGACUCGGACUGUGUUUACAGAGUCGUGUUGCUAGGCGACCAUGGUGUCGGAAAGACCAGCCUCACAGGCAUCUUUGCUGGGAUCACGGAAAAAGAUGAGCAACCUGGAGAGGACACAUACGAGCGAACACUGACAGUAGAUGGAGAGAAAACCACACUCAUUGUCAUGGACACAUGGGAGAAUGACAAACUGGAGGGGGCGGACAGCUCCUCUCAGGACGAGUGUCUGAAAGUGGGGAGUGCUUAUGUCAUCGUCUACUCCGUCACCGACCGCUCCACCUUCGACUCCGCCGCUGAGCUGCGCAUCACACUGCGACGCGCCCGUCAGGCCGAAAACCUUCCCAUCAUCCUAGUGGGCAACAAGAGCGACCUGGUGCGGUCCAGAGAAGUUGCCGUGGAAGAGGGCCGAGCGUGUGCGGUGGUUUUUGACUGUAAGUUCAUAGAGACGUCCGCGUCUCUGCAGCACAACGUGACCGAGCUGUUUGAGGGCGUGGUCCGACAGAUCCGUCUUCGUCGGGACGGCAGUGAAGCCAUUCAGCGCCGACGCUCCAUCUACAAACGCAAAGAGAGCCUUACCCAGAAGGCUCGGCGGUUCUUGGACCGAUUGGUGGCGCGCAAAAACCAGCGCAUGGCGGUCAAAGUGCGGUCCAAGAGCUGCCACGAUCUUGCUGUCCUCUGAAGACAUGCGUCCACUGGGUGGCGCCGAGUUUAUUUUUUUUGUUGACUCGUUGAAGAUCUGGUUGGUUGUGAUAUCCUGGAGGAAUGUGUCAGCGAUCACACUCAGCUAGCUGAGUGACAGGAACAAUGAGUGGCUAACAGAGUCAGCGCGUUUUAACAUUCUCACUGUGACCAACUCGUUUUCACGUUCGACCUCCGGGUCUAAACAUUUCUGUGACUUUUCCUCCAGAUGACCUAAAUAUAAAGAUCCCAGAUGACUGUACGGGAUCAUCACUGUAGGGUUAAAGACUGGACGAGCGUUCAGUGUCAGAGUGGGCCUGUGUGUGUGUGUGUGCGAGGGUGUGUGUGUGUAUGUACACGGGUAACUGUUAACUCCAUCAUGGAGGAUGUCCUGUAGUUUCCACUGUGCUGUUCUCCUGUAGUUUCCACUGUUUUCAGUUCAACGCUGUGCAGAAUGAAAGUCUUAAAGGAACAGUCAUCUCAAAAUCAUGUUUUUACAGACGUUUAAUACAGACACAGACAGGCACCACUGUGAUAUAAAUAUUCAUUUACACUGAUUUCCUUAUUGUGUUCUUUUGUUUGGUUUUUAUUAUUUAUAACUGACCUUUCAUGAACCCCCUCCUCUGAACAGUGAUUGUCCAAUCAUUGCCUAGUUACUGUAACUGGGCACGACAGGUGUGUCACUCUUUGAAGCUGUAGUAAGAGUGUACAAAAAGUGGGAGUAGAGGGUGGUGUCUUUUUUUAGUAUAAGGAAUGGUAGACAGUGUGUUUAUCCUCUCUAAUGUUAGCACAUCUAGGUAACUAGCUUACUACCAACAGGAUUUACCUAACGUUACAUCCAAAGCCAAGAGUUAGCAUAUGACAAGCUAACUACAUUCAUUUGUGGGGUCACAGUUUGUGUAAAUGCCCCGUUCGGGACUGGAACAUCCACUGUGUGGCAGUCAGUCCUGAAUGAUAUCAGAGUUUAGAUUAACGUUAGCCGCACACUGUCCUUGUAGCAUGAUAUCAUGCUCAUGUUCAUUUUUAAAACACUCUUGCAGUCUUGUCAUUUUCAAAUAAAUCCAGCUCCCAUUAAGUUAAUUAGCCAGCUAGCUACAGCUGGGGGAAUAAGCCUCAGUGUUUCAGUAAAAUUGACAGUUGUUCACUUCCGUCUGAAAUCAAGGACACAAUGUCAAUGGUGAAUUUUAUCACUGUAAACUGCGUAUGUGCCACGAGAGAAUGUAAAACCUUGACAGGAGUAGCGACACUAACUAAGAAGUUGAAGCUAAGUGAAUGCUCAAUUGUCUUUUUACUAUUUUAGAUCAUUUCAUUUAGUUUUGAAGAAUUAUCUUCAUUUUAACUUACAUUUUUUUGUGUUUUUAUUGGAUUUAUUUUAUUUCCAUAGUUUGUCUGUUGUAUUUAUGUGGUUUACUCAGAUUUGAUUUAUCUCUUUGCUCACUUUUUUAUUAUUUUAUUUAGUUUUUUAUGAUUUGAUUUAAUGUUAAAUUAUUAAUCGAAUCCUCUCAUAUGUUUUGUUUGUUUGUUUUAUUCAGUUGUAAUCUCCUGUCUGCAGGAGAAGCACGGAUCAAACCUCUGUGAUCCACUUCACAUAAACACUCUCAGACCGCUAUGUCAACCCAUGCGGGCCUCCUGGAUGUUUACUGUUGCCACGGUGACCUGUGGACCGUUAGCCACAGUUGAAGAAGAGGCACAGCCGCCGUCAUGACGACAUGGUUGCAGGCUGAUACCUCUGUGUGGUUGACAAAAAACAGGCUGAGUGUUCGGCUGAUGGAUGGGACAGUGUCUCACAGUGGGACUUUUCUGCCCUGAGUUUAACCCCUCGGGCUGCACACAGUCCCCGUCUGCUGGGAACCGUACACAGCCCGACCGGCUGCAGGAAUGAAUGAAUGUUAGCGUGCUAAUAUUUGCUAAUUAGCACUAAACAUUAAGUACAGCUGAAACUGAUGGGAAUGUCAUUAGUUUUGCAGGUAUUAAGUCCUAAAUAAAAGUAAUGGACAAAUUAAAAUGUUGACUUCAUAAGGGCACUAGAGCCACAAAUGUCAGCCUGCUGGUGGCGCUAGAGGAAAAGUCAGGUCAUCACUGAACCACUCGUUUAUUUUCACAAGAAGUGAACAGAAAUUGAGCCGAGCCGCUGUGAAAUAACAACAAACUGGUUCAACUCAGCAGCAGUUUAUCUGGAUACAACAUCAGACAGACUGGUUGUCCCAGUUUUUACUGAUCAAAUAUCCUAUCUGUUUAUUGAUCAGGCGUUUUGGUGACACACUCACACACACUGUGGUUGUGCAGGGACAGUAGAUGGAGGAGGAGUGUUGAACAUUGAUUUGAUGAGGGUAAUGGAAAGAAUGCAUGACUCUGCUCAACCCGGAUGACACACACACACACACACACACACGAACAUACAGUGAUGUGUAAACAUCCUCUCAGUGGAGGAGGACCAGAGGCUCAGAGCUGUGAGUUCAGCCUCCUCUUGAAUCUGUUAUGAACAGAUCAGAUCAUCAGAUCACAACAUCAGAAAAAUUGCCUCCAUGUUUCUUCUCUGAGGUGUAAACGUUGUGGAGAAGAUUUUCUAAAGGCUGAUUUUUACAACUGAUGAAAUUGCUGGACCUGUAGGACCUUCUUCUUUCUCUUCUGUCGUUUAACUUCCAGCAGUGUAGAUGAAACUGUUGUAAGGCUAAUGUGGAUUAUUAGCUCAUGGCUAACAGAGGUUUAGUAAGGACAGCUGAUAUAAUUUACGUCAUGUAAACCCCUGCGGCUCUGCUGACACCAAAGUAUAAUUUGAGCUUUUCUUUUCAAUGCUGCAAGACUGGCAGAUAAUCUGAAGAAAAUAUUAACAGUAUUCAGCUAAUUAUACAGAUUUUGCCACUUGUUAAUGAACCGAUAUGUAACACAAUGAAAGUAGCUAAUUUUGGCUUAAUUUCGUGUAAUGUUUUGUGACUACAAGGCUAGUAGUGGAUUAACUGUUUGAUUAUCUUAGCUCAAGGCUAACAGGAGACCUGUUUGUUUUGGUUCAAACUCUGGUGCAUUUGCACAUUUAGUAAGGUUUGUUUGAGCUGGUCUAAAAGUAAGCAACUUAAGCCCCUGUCUAAGAAAACAGGACAUAUUGCAGUUUAUGGCACCUGUACUCUGAUUGCCCCAACCACAAGAUUUUAUGAUAGUAGAUGUGAUUUUAGCAUAAAUUAAAAAGCCAAACUCCUUUUAAAUCAUUUGCUAAUCAUGAACUGUUCAGUAAGCAGUCUCCCGGUCUGUAAUUAAUGUACUGCCUAUAUUUGUAAAAGAUAAUUUGGUAACCAUGGUGACAUGUGUAAGCGUGGACUUUUCUGUGAUCAAUUAGAAAUUGAGAAGGUGUUUAGCCAGAUUUGAUUCUGAAUCUCUUUAAAUAGCUCCUGAAGCAUGCAGGAAGUGUGUGCAUAUUUAAGAAUAGAUAGACUCAUUGUAAUUGAGUUAAAUUCAGUAAUGAAUAGUUGCAUGAGAGUAAGUAAAUUUGGACUUGAUGAAUGAUGAAUAUGAAAUUUCCCUCAUAAGAUUAAAAGCUUAACAGUCGAGUUGCAUCCUCAGGGCUAGUAAUGGUUUUUAGCUCCAGUUUGCAAAGUAAGUUUUCCAUACAAACCAUAAAGAACAUGAACUGACCGACUCUCUCCUUCUCACAGUGACAUCAGAAAACACUGUGAACAGCUAAAUGCUGAUCUGUAAACCAACCUGAAAGCUUCAGACUUAGCAAGAGAAACUCUGUAGUACCUGCGUCUGAACUCACCGUCAGUGACCUGACCAUUAUUCUAAAGGACAUUUCAAACAUUUCAGCCCUUUUGAGGUGUGCUUGAUUUACUGACACAGAGGAGAGAACACAGAAAAUCAAACACCCCCCUGUGUUUAUUUAAACUGUACAGUUUCCUCUGUGACUGUCUCUGUGUCUGUGGUUCGGGUUUCAGACGUCGGUACUGUAACUCUGCCUCUUUAUUCACUCACUCACACACACACUCUCCGACUCUGCCAAGAACUACAGGAAUGUAAACUGAAGACACUCUGCCAGCAGUAAGAGUGUGUUCGACUGUGUGUGUGUGUGUGUGUGUGUGUGUGUGUGUGUGUGUGUGGUAUGUGUACAUGUGUGAGACUCUGGCUCCCUCUGCUGGCUCGACACUCUCUUUUUUACAGCUGGUAACCUACAUUUCUCUUUACUGAGUUCAAUUUUGAGUUCACAAUGACCCAAAAAAAAUCACCAACAACAGGUGGCUUUACAAAUUGCUUUAUGGGCCACAUUGUGUGUUUUCUCUGUAAAUAGCAAAUGUAAUGUAAACAUGUAAUUUCCUAAUUGUAGGAAUAAUGAGCAAUAAAUGCAUCAUGUAAAGUGUGA